AUGUCUAUCAAUAGGCGAUUUCUCAGCCAGAGUUUAAGAAUAUUGCAUUCCAAGAGGCCUAACUUGUCUGAAGUUUAUGUCGACUUGUUCGAACAACAAUGCUUCAAAUCAUUGCGGAGUCAGUUACCCCAGCAUCUUGAUGAUUUGGAGCCACAUCAGUUGUCUCAAUCAUUGAAUGAAAUUAUUUCGAAAAGUGGCAUGUCGAAGAAAGAGGCAUCUCUUAUUCACAAUUCACUUAUCCAGAAAUUGAGCAAAUUCGAAUACGGUAUAAGCACUCUUCACUCCAAAGAGCUUCAGAAGAUUGGUGAGUCACCUAAUUAUAAUUCAAUCAAAGAGAUCAUCAGAAAUAACCCUGGUAGAGUUUUAGACUCUUGGGAGCUUUUGUUCAAGUAUGCCCCAAAACUUUCAGAUGAGCUUCUAGCUACGGCCUUAGAAAGUAUCGUUUCGCUUAACGCAGUAGACAAGAGUGAAAAGCGAGACUUUUCUACUCUAGCGGCGGCCCAGUGCAUAAUCUUAUUAGAUAAUAUAUCCCAGAAGGAAGUGGUUAAACCAGAAUUGAUCGAGAAAUUACUCAUUUAUGCACUAGACAACGACCUUUCCUAUGUCUUACCAUCAAUUUUAUCUUUUGGUCUUUCAUCCCUAAAAGUUUUCGAAAGCAGAUAUGAAAAUGUCACACCACUUCAGAUUUUUCUGUUGAAUAAAUUCUGUCCAUUUGAUCUUUUGAAGCAGAGUAAAAGCCUUCUUUACAAAACUAUUGACAUUUUAGGACGGAAAGCCACGAUAGAGGGAAACGAGAACGAGUUGCUACACGCAGAAAUAUUGAUUCAGGACGUCAGCCGGUUAAAAUUGGGAAUUCCCUCCAGUUGGAGAGUCCCUGAUGUGGUAGCAAGACCGCAAGAUAGCUCCCUGGCAUUUUUGAAGCUCUUUGAUCAAAUACAUACUGACAAACAGGACAGAAAUGAUUUUACUGUAGCUCAAAAGUUGAUGAGAAUAUUUGGCACCUAUAGAGAUAAUACCAAGAUAAGUCUUGAGCUGUAUCAUUCUUACUUAACAAGUUAUCCCGGCUUUUCUCAUGAACUUAUGUUCGAGACGUGCUUGGCUCUUGCAUUUCAAAGUUAUAGAACCUCAAAUCAGACUCUACUGAGGUACUCGGAGGCUUUUAUACCGCCAGAUGCACAUCCAAGUAUGUUGGCAAAUAUAUACUGUGCUCUAAUAUUGGCCAACUCCAAGUUCACUGUCGAUGAGUCUCUUGAAAUCUACAACAAUUGCAUUGAUCAAUUCAGUAAUGAGAAUGACCCGAAGACCAGCAUAUCACCACAAGGUAUGAUAACAGAAUCUCUCAUUCUUGCCUAUUUGUCGAAAGCAGAGAUACAAUUCGCCCGUGUUGUCUUCGAAGGUGCUGUCAGAGAGGGUGUCAUCAAAGGCCCAACAGCUAUUAGGAGAGUCAAGAAGCUGUUGUCAUUAUACGGUGAUGCUAUAGAGAAAGAUGAAUUACUGAACAACAUGGAACAGAAAGUUUUGAGCACUUUGCAAACCAUGUAG